AUGGUCUGCAAAUGUUUCCAUCACAUCAGAAUGAUUUUACUUUUAUUACUAACCAAAUUUGGACUAAUUCUAGCGUCAGAUGAUUACAGUACAAGUCUUGAAACAGAGUUAAGAGAGGAAAUAUUUGACGACUAUGUGGUUCAGCAGAGACCAAAUGGAACAAUUUUUAUUAUGAUCACUUUAAACCUUCUAACAGUAAACGAUCUGGAUAUAAAAAAGCAGGAACUUACCGUUUCAGGACAUUUAUCUAUUACAUGGUAUGACAAUCGGCUGAACUGGACUGAUCCAUCGAAGUAUUAUGCAGAUUUUACAAGUAUAAAUUACUUGUUCAGUUCUGAGACUCAUGUUUGGAAACCUACACUCGUCAUCAAAAACUCUAUACGAGACAUUGGUGUCUUAACUGAUCCUUCCAUUCCAAUGCGAAUUUCGCAAACCGGAAAGAUAUUUUGGAACCCUCCAGGUAUCUAUAAAGUGUCUUGUAAAUCCGACAUCACAUAUUAUCCUUUUGAUACCCAGGCCUGUACAAUCAAACUCAUUUCAUGGGCUUAUACAACCGGAGAAGUAAUUCUGAAAAUCAAUCAAAAUGAUGCCGUUAACAUUGUUGAUUACACUGAAAACGGUGAGUGGGAGCUUAUUUCGACAUCGGAACACAAAGCAAGUACAGAAGUGACAGAGGGAACGACUGGUUUUUCAAGUCUAUUUUUUUCGAUAAAGCUACGUCGUCGACCAAUGUUUCAUAUCAUCAACAGCAUUUUACCGAUGUCACUUAUGGCAGUUCUUAUUGCAGUUGUAUUCAAACUCCCAGUAGAUUCUGGUGAAAAGACUGGCUUUUCAUUGACUGUCCUAUUAGCAUAUGGAGUAUACCUUACCAUCAUAUCUGACGAAAUCCCUAGUACUUCUGUAUCAACUUCUUAUCUGUCUCUGUACCUGGUGUUCAUUCUAACAUUAGGCGUACUAGCUAUACUGUUAACAAUAGUUAUCCAGAGAAUUCACUUCAAAACCGAAGAUGAAGAAAUACCAGAAUGGCUCCAAAGAAUUACCAAACAAUGUUAUACCAAAAUUUCAGGAAAAGAUACAAAAAAAGAUCACACCGAUUUAAAAUCUCAAUCAAUGAAUUUAAAAAGGCACAGCGUUGCUCCGAUUCAACUUAAUGAGACCACUGAAAAAAUUAAUAGCGUGGAAGCCGGUGAUAUCAAGAUAACAUGGCAAAUCGUCGCUAGGAUUCUUGACAAAGCCUUCUUUUAUGUAUACAUAACUCUGAUUUCAAUAACAACCUUCAUUUUCAUUCUUACGCUUGUAAUUCACUACUACACUGCGUAAAAACGCUAACAAAUGAUUGAAUUUCUUCAAAAUAUUUAAAGGUAAGAAUCAACUGAUGUACAUAGCUCAUAAAGAGAGGGAGAGAGAGAUUUUCUGACCAUGAUCUUUAUAUAGUA